AUGUCACUGAUUCGUGAUGAGUUUCAAUGGAUUUGUCAGACCAUAUCUGGUCACGAGAGCUCGCUGAACAAAGCUGAGCUUUACACGGCAGUCUGCUGUGCUGGAAAAUCAGUCAUUCGCUCCCAUUUGGACAAUCUGUGGCCGUCUGAUAAAGAGGACAGUCUUGAUAGCGCGAAGAAAGGUCGAGGCGUCGUGUCAAGUCGUGGCGAACAGGUAGACGAACAAUCGGCGAUCGACACGCAAGAUGUGGGUUUCCGUUGUCACGAGAAUAACGAACUGUCAUGA